CGCGCAGCCCUUCGAUAAGGAAGCCAAUGAUAGAGCCGGUUAUUGGCCGCCGUCGCUCCAGCCUCGGUAGCGGCCGUAUGAGCCUCUCCGGCUCCGGGGUCGGCCUCGAGCGCCUCGCCAUCAUCCGUCAGACCACCGAGUUUGAGCACAGCCAGCAGGAGCUGCGGCUGUCCGACAGCGGCGACAUCGACGAGAACCUGGGCAGCGAGCAAUUCGCAAAGGAUGAGGGCGAGUUCCACUAUCUGUCGCCGCGCGGCAUCGCCGGCGUGUCGCGGCGCUCGCUCGGGCCGUGGCUCCGGCGGGCGGGCUGGGCUCUAUUUUGCUACCUCGCGCUGCUCGGCCUCAUCCGGCUGGUGGUGCAGUCUCUGGUCAACGUGUCGACGCUCGACAUCGUGGACUUUACGCUGCGGGAGCCAUGGCAGCACUCCGCCGCCGCCGUUGUCGACGGCACCCUUCACAUCCCCCUCUGGCUGCCGGUCGUGCCCGUGCUGACGGCGCCGCAGCUCGACGUGGUGCAUGACGGGCGCGCGUUAGCGGCGCUCCGUCCCGAGGCGGCGCUUCCUCUCGGGCACGGCGGGCGGCAGCCGGUCACAUUCGGCGGCCGCAUCUUUGUGUGGGACGAGGCCGCCUUCCGCCGCCUGGCUGACAGAAUGCUGCACCAGCCCGCCCUGCAGCUCGAGCUCUCCGGCCAGGUGAGCAUCGCGCUCCCUCUCCCUGCCAUGCUCGCCGGCACGCCGCUGCUCGGCGCCUUGCUCGACACCGUCUUCACGGUGCGGAUGAUCCGCCUGUCGAAGCGCGUCUCGAUUCGCGGCGCGGAUGGCCUACACGUCGUCUUCAACAGCUUCUCCUUCACCGACGGGCCGCCGCCGCCCGGCUGCGCGCCAGGCGCACAGCCGCCGCAGCCAGCGCGCCUCGAGCUGGCGGCCGGCGGGGAGAGGAGCGGCGUGCUGCCGCUGCCGCCGCCGCCCGGGAGCGUGGCGGGCGUCGACUGCUCCGCCGAUUCGCGGCCGCUCAGCGUGCAGCUCGAGGUGGCGAUCCACAACCCGUCGAGCUUCGCCUUCCUGCCGCUCGGCUCGGUCGAGAUGCUCAUCCAGUCGGCCGACCUCCAGCCCUUCGCGCGCUGCACCACGGUCGCCCCCAUCGGGCUGCCCCACGGCAACUCCACCAUCAUGCUCACCGGCACCAUCAACGUCGGCCAGAGCGAUGCCAACCGGCGCGCCUUCUCCGGCGCCCUCGAGAAGCUCCUCGCUGGCAAGCCGACGCCGCUCGAGCCCUCCUUCGCGCGCGUCUCCACCGCCCUCUAUGACUCCGCCCUCGGCGGCCUCACCGUCCCCGCCGACCUUCCGGGCCUUCCGGGCGGCGGCGCGCGCAUCUUCAACCGCGUCUCGCUCCUGCUCGACCCGGCAGCGAACCUAUUCGAGCUCGCGGGUCGGCCCAUCUGGGGCAACUCGCUGCACGACGCCGCGCGCUUGGACGUGACCAACCCGUUCAACGUCACCCUCGCCGUGCUCGGCCUCUCCGCCUCCGUCGAGUACGAGGGCGAGGCCAUCGCGAGCGUCGUCGUCCCGCAGCUGCUGCCGCCGGUGCUGCUGCCGCCGCUCUGGAGUGGCGUCGUCGACCGGCGCUUUCCCGUCGAGCUCGACGCGCCGAUCGCCAAGCUCCAGGCGCUGCUGGGCCGCCUCGCGUUUGGGUCCGUCGCCGUCUCGCUGCGCGCCAACAUCACGCUGCGCACGGGCAACCUGACCAACCUCACCGUCGCGUACAGACAGGAGAAUGUGAGCGUGGCGCUCGGGCGGUGACACGCCGCCGGGCCGUGUGCCUGUCCGUGGCCACAGCCAGGUCGCCCCUCGGCACCAAGCUACCUCGCCUCCUGUCUCUCCCUAUCUUUGCCGUGGCCGCAGCACACGCUCCACUCCGCACGCUCGGCCCAGCAGCUCCACUCCUAGCACCUCUCUACCUUGUCGAGUAUUCGGUGCCGCUGCACUCUCGAAAAAGUGUAUUUUCUCGGUUUAGGAAAUUCUUUUUUGCACAGUGUACCUGUGUUAGUGCCAGUGCGCGCCUAUC